AUGUCACACUUUACCAGUGCCAUCACCACUAGUACCAGCGUCAUCUCUAGAAAAAUGUCAUCUCCACACAGCGACCAUCUCAGAAUACCUGUGUCAUCUCCACUUGAACCAGUGUCAUCUCCACUAGUACCUGUGUCAUCUGCACUAGUACUAGUGUCACCAAUAGUGCCAGUGUUAUCUCUAUUAGUCGUCACUAGUACCAGUGUCAUCACUAUUUCCAGUGUCAUCACUAGUACCAGUGUCAUCACUAGUACAAGUGUCAUCUCCACUAGUACUAGUGUCAUCUCCACUAGUACCAGUGUCAUCACUAGUACCAGUGUCAUCUCCACUAGUUCCAGUGUCAUCACUAGUACCAGUGUCAUCUUCACUAGUACCAGUGUCAUCUCCACUAGUACCAGUGUCAUCUUCACUAGUACCAGUUUCAUUUCCACUAGUACCAGUGUCUUCUCCACUAGUACCAGUGUCAUCACUAGUACCAGUGUCAUCUCCACUAGUACCAGUGUCAUCUCUAGUGGCAGUGUGAUCACUAGUACCAGUGUCAUCACUAGUACCAGUGUCUUCUCCACUAGUACCAGUGUCAUCACUAGUACCAGUGUCAUCUCCACUAGUACCAGUGUCAUCUCUAGUGCCAGUGUCAUCACUAGUACCAGUGUCAUCUCUAGUACCAGUGUCAUCUCCACAAGUACCAGUGUCAUCUCCACUAAUACCAGUGUGAUCGUCUCUGGUACCAGUGUUAUCUUCACUAGUACCAGUACAAUCUCCACAAGUACCCGUGUCAUUUCCACUAUUACCAGUGUCAUCUCCACUAGUACCAGUGUCAUCGCCACUAGAGCCAGUGUUAUCUCCACUAAUACCAACGUCAUCUCCACUAGUACCCGUGUCAUCUCCACAAGUACCAGUGUCAUCUCCACUAAUACCAGUGUCAUCGCCACCAGUACUGGUGUCAUAUCCACUAAUACCUGCACCAGUGUCAUCACUAGUACCAGUGUCAUCUCCACUAGUUCCAGUGUCAUCACUAGUACCAGUGUCAUCUUCACUAGUACCAGUGUCAUCUCCACUAGUACCAUUGUCGUCUCCACUAGUAUCAGUGUCAUCUCCACUAAUACCAGUGUCACCUCCACUAGUACCAAUGUCAUCUCCACUAGUGCCAGUGUCAUCUCCACUAGUACCAAUGUCAUCUCCACUAUUACCAGUGUCAUCUACACUUGUACCAAUGUCAUCUCCACUGGUACUAGUGUCAUCUCCACUAUUACCAGUGUCAUCUCCACUAUUACCAGUGUCAUCUCCACUAGUACCAAUGUCAUCUCCACUAGUACCAGUGUCAUCUCCACUAGUACCAGUGUCAUCACUAGUACCAAUGUCAUCUCCACUAAUUCCAGUGUCAACUCACAA